CCAACUCGAGUUAGUAAAGACCAAUUGGCUCUCUCGACAUGUUUCAGAGUCUUUGACGAACAUGUUUGUGUACGAAACCCUUUACGACUCAUGUUAUUAAUAAGUUAGUUGAAUUAUUGAAUACAUGACAUAACAAGCAUGUUCAAACUAUUUUUUUUUUUUUUUUUUUGACAAUAAGCAUGUUCAAACUCCAGGACCAUGAAUUCGCUUUCAAUUGAAUGAGCAUGCAAGAUUCAUUCUUCCGCCUUAUUCAACAACUCAAAUAAUUGGAACCAACAAAUUCUCAAUCAUUACUUUGUUGUGAUAUCUCAAAUUACUAAGAGAGAUUCAGUUUUAUAAGUUCGAAAUUAAGAGAAGGUUUUAGAUGACAAAUGAGAUAUAAUUUAGGAGAAGUUGAGGCCACUCACUGCCACUUCUCCAUAAACUAUUUAAGCAUAGCAUGUAGUGCAUUGUAAGAUGUAUCUUUUUAAUCUAAUUUUGUGGUGGAGAAGUGCAUGCUUUUUCAAAAUUGGCGCCAUUUGCUUAUUUUAUUGCAACGAGAGAAUGGACAUAUACGUACUCUUAAAUUAGAACUAACAUACAAAUUGACAACUGAUUUGGAGAUUAUUUAUAAUUAUCUUCACAUGGAUUCUUGAUUAAACAAAAGGGGGUUUAAUUCACGGUUGAUUAUGCAAAUAAUAUGUAUUGAAUUCAUCUAUGAUACCUUUAGACCUAACAAGUGAUGCCAAAUUGCACAUAUACCAUCAUCUCUUUCUUUAUUUGUUCCAUGCUCCAUGCAUUUAGGCUAUAUAUAUUUUCUUGUUUAUAAAACUUGCGACAUAGGGUCGAAAGUUUGAUACCCGUAAUUUUGAUAUACUUAUCUUUUAUAACCAAAAGAAAUUUGUGAUAUAACUUCACAUAUUCAGGGAUGGUUCCGGAACAUCCCUAAAAUUUGAUUUUUUUUUAAUAUCCAGAUAAUAGUUUCGGGUUUGCAAAAAAAAAAAAAGUCGUUCCUAUAUUUGGAACUCGUGACCAAAGGGCAAAUGUUUCAUUACACCACAAGUCGUUUUAUGUCAAAAUUAAAGGGUAAAUACAAUUUAAUAGCCAAACCUUUCGUUUUAAACAAAAUAAUAGCCAAACCUUUUCGAAAACAAUUUAAUAGCCAAACUGUCAACUUUCCGUCCAGUUGACUGUUAGUUGACUAUGACGUGGCAAAAUUUUAAGUGAGUUGGAAGAUUUUUGCUGAUGUGGCAGGAAGUCAAACGUUUGGCAUGUCACAUAAAUAUUACAUAAUUUUAUAAAAUAAAUUUUGUUAUCAUACAAAUAAAUUAAAUUUAGAUAAAUAAUACUAAAAGUAAAUGAAAUUGGGAAAUUUCUCAAUCACUUCAGAACACCUAUCCUUCUUCUCUGCAUCUCAACCCCUUUCCGUCUAUCAAGCCCUUUUCCCAGUCGUCCUGCGCCGAUGUCGAGUAACUUCACAACCAGUCCGACCAUUUCCCCAUUUGUCGAUUCCCCAAUCGUCCGUCAAAACACCACAAAGCCUAGCCCUGUUCUUUCUGCUCUGGUCGAUUCCUCUUCUCGGCAAAGACCAAACGCCCUUCCCUCCGCUAAUCCUCUCGGAUUGCCGCUCAACUGGCAAGAGCCGACCCCGUCAAUCGAAUCCGACAAUUGGUUCAGCAUCCUUCCCCGAUCUGGCCCUCUCUAGUCUCGACCCGCCACAACGCGACCUUGAUUCUGGCAACACUUAUUCUUCUUUCUCUGACUCGUAAGUCGUAUCCACGACGGCAACAUAUUCAACUACAAGAAAAAAAAUUUCUCUUCCCCGUCCCAUUCAGGCGACCGCCGCCGCCGCGUACUACUGCCGUCAUCAGAGAUUAAUAAGAUUCAGAUCUCUGUCUUGGUAGAUGUUUUAAAGUGGAGAAUCAGAUUCCCAUUUUUGUCCCGGAAGAGAUUGAGUCUCAGAAGUGAAGAUGUGGUGGUAAUUUCAGAUGAUGCGUCCCAGGAUCAAAUCCCUAAUUUUGGGUUGCCGGGGCGGCCAUAGAACUCCAUUUUAAAACUUGGUGUGGUGUCUUUUAUCCAAGUUCCUGAAGCUUCCUCUGUAGUCGAUCCUGAGGAACGAAUCCCCAUUUGGGAGAGGCAAAAAAUUUGGACUUUAGAAAGUGGAGUGACUUGCUUGGCUAACGAACGAUGAAGAGUCCCCUUACCGCCGAAGAGGGAUUUGUAUAUAGAGAGAGGAAGUUGAAUGGACGGAUUAGAAUAGAGAGAGAGUUGAAUGGAUAAGCUUCAUCUUUAUUUUUUAUUUUGUUUUUCUAUUUUUAAACAUAAAAAUUAAAUUGUAAAAAGAAUAGUAAUCCAUGUCACAUGGUCAAAUAUUUGACAUUCUGCCACAUCAGCAAAAAAUUAUCCAGCUCACUUAAAAUUUUGCCACGUCAUAGUCAACUAACGGUCAACUGGACGGAAAGUUGACGGUUUGGCUAUUAAAUUGUUUUCGAAAAUGUUUGAUUAUUAUUUUGUUUAUAACGAAAAAGGUUUGGCUAUUAAAUUGUAUUUACCCAAAAUUAAAAUACCUAAUGAAUUUAUACAAUAAACCAAGGCCCAAUUAAGGCCCAACGUAAUUAAUUCAAUAUUCUCUCAAAUCCUAAUAAGUUUUCUUCUUUUUCUGACUAAUUUUUCUAUGACACUUUGAGAACAUGACCAUUAUUAUGGUAUAAAAUAUGAAUGAUGAGAUAUUGAGAGAUUUAUUAGAUUAAAAAGGAAACGAUGAAUUAGUUGAUAAUAAAAACAAAAAUGAGUCUAUUAUGUUCAUCUGUAUAUUUGCUUAUGAAACUAAUAUUUGAUUACAUCGAUCAAUUGACAUUGUAAAGAUGUCUCAACUCUACACUACAUAGAAAUUUCAUUUUAACAUUUGAUUAAUACUGAAAAUGAGCAAUAGAGGCAAGAGAGAGAGACCCAGAAAAAGGACCAGAAGAAUAUAUAAUACAAAAUGAAACUGCAAUGGAACAAGGAAUUUCACGGCAGAAACAAUGAAACAACAUGGCAAACACAACCCAAUGGCAAUCACAAUGACUUUGACCCAGAGGAGAAAAAAAAAACCAACAAAACUCAUUCAAGAGUAGGGAUGGCAAUUUUGACCUGACCCGUUUUACCCAACCUAUUUGAUCUGCUUUGGGGCGGGUCCGACCUGCCCCGUAGGCGAGGCGGGGCGGGCAUGGGUACCUCUCAUCGACCUGACCUGCCCCGACUCACCCCAUUCUUGACCUGUUCUUGCCUAAAUUACAUGUAAUUUUAGUAAAAUUAUUUAGGACUUUCCUCUUAUUACCUCAUAUUUUAGCUAUAAUAAACUUGUAAAUAAGUGAACACCUUAAUUUCUCAAAUAAUUUAACUACAUUUCAUCAUAUAAUGGUUUCUUUCUUGGCAUUUUAAUGAAUAACGAAUAUUUCUAAUAUUUUUCGCAUAAAUUAGAUACACAUUG